UGCUACGAAACGGGCGCACUCAACGGAAUAUCAAAUUUUACGUAGCGUCGAAAGUUGGGAAUAACAAUGUGACCUAGUUUCGAUUCCAGUUAAAAUUACUUCAUAUGAAAUAUGAAUGAUUUUGAUAUCCAACUAAAGUUUUAGUAAUGAAGAAAUACAGUGUUAAUUGUGAUAUUUAAGUGAAAAUGGGAACUUUUACUGUGUUUUGUUAUUUAAUAUUUUAUUAUGUGAAAGUAUGCAUAUGUCUCCGCAUAGUUGGCAUAUCAGUACCAGCUCUGAAGCAGCGUGGGGAGUCCUCCACGUUAACGUGUGACUAUGACCUGGAAGGGGGUAAGCUGUACUCUGUGAAGUGGUACAGAGACAAUGAAGAGUUCUACCGAUACAUGCCCCGACUGAGACCGCCUCAACAUGCACAUAAGUUGGAUGGAGUUAAAGUUGACUUGGAAAAGUCGACAGCGCGCCGCGUCCAUCUUCGAGACCUGAUCCUCAAAUCUCGAGGAUUAUAUCGUUGUGAAGUUUCUGAGGAAGCUCCCUCGUUCCACUCUGCGCAAGCAGAAGCGUUCAUGGAAGUCUAUUAUUUCCCACGCGAAACACCUCGCAUCACGGGUCAUGAACGAGCCUAUAAAUUGCAAGAAUCUCUCGACGUAAACUGCUCAUCAGCCAAGUCGUUUCCAGCGCCGGAUCUACAAUGGCUUAUAGAUGGACAGAAGAUCACAGACAGAUCAUGGCUGAUUGCGUUUGAAGCGAAACCGGCGUCACAAGGGUUACUGGUGUCUACACUCGGACUCCGAGCGCCCACCAAGCCACGUAUGAAGCUCAAAUGUGUGGCCACUAUAGGAACACAUAGACGGGAACGCACUGUCGUCAUAGAAAUAAACUCAUCAAGCUGGAACAAGCCAUUUAGUUUACUUAUAAUGAUAACACUGAACAUUGUUUGUGUAAAGAUAUCGUGAUAUUCUCACAUUUAAAUAUAGUUCGUGUAAAUAAAGAUACAUUUGUAA